CUGUGGGAUUUUAGGGGCUAGCCAUUACAUUUGGCUGUAAAAUGUAUGGAGCUCCUGUGGAUUUAUCCUUCAAAUGCCUCAACUCAAUGACAGAUGCUCUGAUGGAGGAGCCCAACCAGGGCCUGAGGCCCCUGAAACGGAAUGCAGAGAAGAAGUUCUGCAGCCGUUCGUUGCGUCUCAACAACAACACUAUCACAGAGCUGAGUGGUUUCAAUAAUACCGUCUCAGCCUUACUCUCAGAACCCUCGCAGCUUGCCUGGGUCGACCUGUCCUUCAACGACAUCUCCAACAUAGACCCAGUCCUGACAGAGCUGAAAGAACUGCGAAUGUUGUAUCUCCAUGGCAACAGUAUCUGUAAGCUUUCAGAGGUGGACAAGCUGGGCGUCCUACCCUUCUUGCAUACACUCACUCUGCACGGCAACACAUUGGAGAACGACAGGGGCUACAGGGGCUAUGUGAUCGCAGCUCUGCCUCACUUGAAGACGUUGGACUUCAGCGGUGUUACGCGAGAGGAGCGGAUAAUGGCCCAGAUCUGGCAUCAGCCUGGCAAGCGUGGCAAAAACACACGGAAAAACCAAGACAACUAAUGCAGUAACUGUGCGUUACUUCACUGUAAUGAAAUAUGAGAAUUGAACUCACUUUACUAUGUUAAAUUUCUUUACGAUGGGUAAAGAACAGCUUAAUCGAAAAUGUUUGAAUCGUUACUAUGCACACUUAUGCAAGAUGUGACA